UAUAUGUCAUAUUUAAGGAGCAAAUGUUUCAUGAAUCUGGUCUAUUGUAGAAAUAACAGCUCCAUAUGAACUGUUCCUUAAGAGCUUAACAUUGCCUCUCCUAAGGCAACAUUUGCCAAGUAAAGCAAUCCUGAUCCCUUAACAUAUAUACAGAUAAUUGCACUCCGGGAUGCCAGCAUUACUGGAAUUUGAUGGCUGCUUGAUUGGGUCCCAUGCAACAAACAUCCUCAAUGGGCCCUGUCGUCUGACAUUUGUAAACAAUACAGUAAUAUUCAACAGUUCCUUCUGGAAGAGAAUCAGGCCCCACCUCUAUAUAUAACGAAAAGCUUUCGACUCAUUUGUCAUUUUGCUGAGGAUCCGAUGUCAAGAAUUAUUCAAGGUGUAUGAGCCAUGGAUCAGAACAGUAGCAGUAAGGACCUGGUUCUGCUUGAUAGAGACCACAAUCUGGUGAUGGUGAGGACAGUCAUAGGGCAGAUGCUGAUGUGGUUCUUCAUCUAUGUUGACAUACUCAUGCUCUUCACCUUCUUCAGUAAGCAGGCCUUCCGGAGCGAUACACGCUACAUCCUGUUUGCUCACACCCUGCUGACUGACUGUCUACUCCUGCUGCUCAUUGACCUGGUGGUGCUGCUUACCCACUUCAGUGUGCUUGUACCUGUGGGUCGCUGCAUCGUGCUCUGCAUUCUCAUGGGAAUCGUUGUCAAAAACACGCCCUACACCAUCACCGCUAUGUGCCUGGAGCGCUACGUGGCCAUCUGCAUGCCGCUUAGACAUGCCAGCAUUUCCACCACCGGCAGGACCAUGGCUGCCAUCGCUAUUAUCUGGGCAUUCAGCUCCAUCAGGGUUAUUAUGGAUCUCAUUAUCGUCACUGUCACGGCCCCACCAGAAUUUUUUGCCGUGCCCACCUUUUGCCAUUACGAGAUCAUGCUGGUGACUGAGUGGCAACGCCUCAUGUUUGUCACACUUAAUCAGAUGGACUUCGGUAUUAUUUUGAUAAUCAUACUGUUCUGCUACACCAAGAUCAUGCUGGCAGCUCAGGCUGCCUCUGGAGAGAAUAAAGAGUCUGCGUCGAAGGGGCGACGCACGCUCCUGUUCCACAGCCUGCAGCUCAUUCUGUGCAUGGCCGACCUGUGGGUCCCCUAUUUACUGUCUAUUGUUUUGCAGCACAGUCCACACUUGUUCCUGCACAUGCGAUUCUUCAGUUUCAUUGCUUUUACCAUUGUCUCAAGGGCCCUGAGUCCCCUUAUCUAUGGCUUUAGGGAUAAACAGUUUUGCCUUGCUCUGAAAUAUUACAUGAGCUGCAAGGUCUAGCCCCUCUAUGGGGAAGUAUAGCAGCUUAGAACGAAAGCGAAAUGGAGAAAGGCACAGAAAAAAAAUCCUUCCGUGUACAUUGGUAUCUUAACCCACAAAGAUUAAACAAUAAUGG